AUGGAGAACCGUGUCGGGAAGCCGCGCAAGUUUCACAAGAAGUCACGGAACGGGUGCGCAGAGUGCAAGCGGCGGCACGUGAAGUGUGACGAGUGCAAGCCCCUUUGCGGAGGCUGCCGGAUCACGCAGCGCCCAUGUUCGUUUGCAACUGGACCGGGACGCUCUACUCCCUACACUUCACCCUCCGUCACAUCUCCAGAGCUCCCCAGACCGGAUGAAACUCCUUCCACGUCAACGUCUCCAACCUACGAUGCCGCCGUCGCAACGAACUACUCCAAUGAGCUCUUCACCCUGGAACACCUCGCCGUCUUCCACCAUGUCGAACAGAACAUGACGGAAUGGCUGCGCAUCACCAAGAAGAUGAAGCCCUUUGCCACCGCAUGCAUCAACUCGUCGCUGACAUGCGCGUACGUCAUGAACCAGCUGCUCUCCGUAGGGGCGUUGCACCUGAGCACCACCACCUCCGGAGCGCGCUCCGAGUCUUACAGAGCACUCGCAGCCCAGUUACAGACCCGGGGCCUGGUGCUGUUCAACAACCAGACCAACCCGAGCGAAACCGGCGGCGACGUCGUCUCGAGGUACAUCUUCCCCGCGCUGCUCGAUGUCGCGGUCCUGAUCACGACGCUCCGGGGCCCGCGCGACGAGCCCGGCGUCUUCCUGGACUCGCUGGUCGAGUACUUCCGCCUCCACCGCGGCAGCCGCGUCCUCGGCGACGUCCUGUGGGACGCGCUGCAGGAGUCGGAGCUGCUGCGCGAGUUCCUCGACACGACCAACGAGGACGACGUCGACGAGGAAGGCCAGCCGAGCGAGUGGUGCGCCAUCGCGGCCCUGGUCGAGUCCUCGGAGGGACUCAGCGAGAGGGACAUCGCCACGUGCAAGGAGACGAUGGGCACGCUCGAGUACAUCCGCUGCUGGAUCCGGAACCCGCAGUCCUGGGGCCUGCACGCGCUGGCCGGCUGGACGGGCAUGAUGCCGCUCGAGUUCGUCCACCUGCUCCAGCGGCGGACGCCGGAGGCGCUGAUCAUACUGGCGUACUACGGCGUCAUGGUGCACCAGCACCGCGACUGGUGGGUGUUUGGCGACGCGGGCGCGCACAUAGUCCGGAGCAUCUCGAGCGUCCUGGGCACGUCUUGGAAGAAGUGGCUGGUGCAGCCGCUGGAACUGGUUUCGCUGUCGUAG